CACUUUUUAGUUUAUCGGACGUCAACAGAUCACAAAACCCACAAACCUAUGCAAACUAACACACUCAACCAGCCUCAAGCAACUCAUAUAUGGAAUGCCCGCCUUGAGCCAAGCCUCUCAAGGUUGUGGAGACGCAAAGGAUGCUGAUUUGACCUGGGUAUUUCCACGCCGUUUUUACCACGAGAUAACACUAAGAGGAUCACAUAACCAAUUCACUUCUACUGAAAGCUAUCAAAAGCUUCAAAGUAUUUUACUUUGUAAUGCAUUCUACUCAUCCCCUCCAUUCAUCAUACUCGAAUUUGUUGUUCAGACAGUGGCAUACCGCAAACUAUAAGGUCAGUGCUGAGAAUCUUGUGUAUCCAAUUUUCCUCAGCCAAGACCCCGAUUGUGAUAAAAUAAUUACUAGUCUAAUAGACCAGCGUCGAAUAGGAUACAACCGAAUCAUCGAGUUCUUAACACCUUUGGUGGACAAGCAACUGAAAUCUGUUUUGUUGUUUGGGACAAUCAGUAGAGACCAAAAAGAUGCUACAGGAUCAGCUUGUGAUACACCAAAUUCACCAGUCAUUCAGGCAAUCAAGUUGCUGAAGUCAAAAUUUCCGGAUUUAAUAGUGAUUUGUGAUGUUUGUUUGUGUGCAUAUACUGACAGUGGCCAUUGUGGUGUUUUACGUGAUGACGGGUGCCUUGAUGUACCUAGGACUCUUGAACGUUUAGCAGAAAUAUCUAAACGAUUUGCCCUAGAAGGAGCUGAUGUUAUUGCCCCUUCUGAUAUGAUGGAUGGUCGUGUGAAAAAAAUCAAGACGGCUAUACAAAGUAUUGGUCUCAGUGGAAAGGUAGCCGUUAUGUCUUAUUCGGCCAAAUUUGCAUCUUGUUUGUAUGGUCCUUUCAGAGAUGCUGCUCAAUCUGCACCUUCUUUUGGAGACCGUCGGCAUUACCAGCUUCCUCCUGGUGCCAAGGGAUUGGCUCUGCGUGCUGCUACUGGAUUCACCAAUUCCCAUCUGUUAAUCUUCAUGCUAAUCAUAUAACUUGACUGUAGAAUCAAACACAGUAGCAAAUCGGUUUAACUUGUCAUACUACAGGAUGUUAACAAUCGCGCUGUAGACACAUCAUCAAACUAGAAAGGUAAUAUGGUUCUCAUUACCAAAAGUAAAUUAAAACAAGCAUAUUUGAACCGGUUAGUUUUCAUUUUUUCAUUUUAAGUUAAGGUACAAUUUCUAUUUCAACCUGCAUAAACUUUGUAAAUAAAACCCCCUGAAUAUGGUAGUUUAAUGACAUUGAGGAAAUAUAUCGUCAUAUGCUUUAGCAUCUAAUUUUUGUGCGGUCACUGCGUCAUUAUCAUUUUUGUGUAAUUAUAACUGGCUAUGUAGACCAAUUACCACAAGUUAAGACUACAUCCCCCCAGAAGCGUUAGUCAAGGAAUGUUUAUAUAAACUACUGAGCAAACAGCAAUAAACUGAAUACUCUUGAGACACUUACAGUGUGACUGAUAAUCAAGUCCUAUGGUUAAUUAAAUUAUAAAUACCUUACACUGCUUCAAUUUUUUUUAUCUUCAGAGAAUUUAAUAUUAACAGAGCAUAACUUCGUUUAUCUAAUCAAUCAGUUUACCCAUCUAAUGGUAUAUUCUUUUUGGAUUUGUUACACAGUACAGUUUCAAUGACAAUAUUUAUGUCCUACGUUGAGACACUUAAUUAGUUGCAUCACAUUUUUAUACUAAAUACGUUGUAUAAUUACUGCGAAAAAUCUCUUAACGUUUUUUAUUUCCUUGUUUUGCUUUUAACGUUUGCGCAUUCCAGAUUCGCGAUGCAAACGAAGGAGCUGACUUCAUAAUGGUAAAACCUGGUCUUCCUUACCUGGAUAUUGUAAAUGAGAUACGACAGUUGCUACCUCAUCAUCCUCUAGCAGUUUAUCAUGUUUCUGGUGAAUACGCAAUGCUAAAACAUGCCGCAAAUGCUGGAGCUAUCGAUUUAAAGCAAGCCGCCCUAGAAUUGAUGACUGCAUUCCGUCGUGCGGGUGCAUCAAUUAUCAUAACAUAUUUAACACCGUACCUGCUGGAACUUGAUUUGUCUGAAUCAUGUAAAUAAUGGUGGAUAUUUUUGAACUAACAACCUUAACAGUUUAGAUGAAUGAUUGACUUGUUCGCUGAAAUAUAUUGGAGUAAUUGAUAUUUCAUUUGCUUCACAACUUUGUUUUACUGAUUUCCUCAUUCCAUUGUAGUAUCUUUUCUUUGUCUGUUAAUUCAUAUGUAUAUUCUCUAAAAAAGUAUUCCAUUCUUAUCUAUUAGCUUUGAUUCUCUACAUCUUUCUGUAUCUGUGUUUGUUAUCCUAGUUUAUUAAUAAAUUGCUAGUUUAGGAAUUUUGCGAAGAUUGUUCAUUUGUAGUGUACAUCACAGACUGUCGUUAAUUAAACAACUAUUGAAAAUC